GGCAGUAUCCAUGCCAACAUUUUGUCAGAUGCGUUAUCAUCGAUCUGCUUACAGUGGACUCAUGGAACGGUAUCAACUGUUCAAUUUACAAACAUGCUUGGAAUGAAAUUUAUCUCUGAUGUAUAUCAGAGAAUGAAGGCUCAUCUGUUAUCACGUCCCCAGCAAAUUGGGCCCUGUCUUGUCAACAACUCUAAAAUGUCAGGGAAUUUAGAUUUGCACAACGGGCAAUCGCGCAGUUCACAAAGUGCGUCAUUGAGGGAAACGGAGGGUGUUGAGGGUACUCGUUGUCUGCAAUGUCAGGGUGAUUGGUUUUUGCGGUCCUUGUUCGGUGCGUAUGUCGCGGAUAAGGUGCAUGCUGCGUUGUGUUUGUAG